AUGCUACUCCGUGUCUGUAAGCAGCUCAAUCACACAAAAUCAGUGGUCCUACGCACUAGCAGCCGCAAGAUCACGUCUAUUUUACGACCUUCCACCCUUGACACUGGCUUCUCUCUCACACUUCCGCCUCUGCCAAACCCUGUAACAUCGGACCCAGCAUUUCAGCGCAUACUCUCAUGGUACCUGCCAGACGAGACGCGGUCACGCAUUGCGCCAAGCCUACAAGCUUUCGGACAAGAAGCCGUAUCGCCACAGGUCUACGAAUGGAUCUCAAAUGCAGAGCGAGAAGUGCCCUAUGUCAAAACUCGCAACGUUUGGACUGGUAAGUAUGCAUAUGACAGGCUGAUCACAAGUACUGGCUGGAAAGAAUUGGGCCGAUGGGGCAUCAGCAAUGGUGUAGUGGCUCGCGGGUAUGACGAGAAGUUUGGACCACAUCGACGAAUUGUCCAGCAUGCGUUCAAUUUCAUCUACUCGGCUUCUUCGGCGGUGUACUCAUGUCCGGUCUCGAUGACAAGUGGCGCCGCUCGGCUGAUGGCCCAUCAACUGUCUAAACUACCAUCCGAUCAUCCCUUCCACGAAGUCUACGGGAAGAUCGUAGGUACAGAGGGCAAUUGGAUUUCAAGUCAAUGGAUGACCGAGCGUCCAGGCGGAAGUGAUGUCCAGAACUCUGAGACCGUUGCUCUCUACUCACCGGCCGCCGAAAUGGAACACGCCGAGCGUAGCAGCCAGGAUCUUGGAAAUGGCGACUGGCUAAUCUCGGGCUUCAAGUUCUUCUGCUCUGCAACAGACUGCAACAUAGCGUUAAUGCUGGCCAAGACUGAGUCUGGUAAAUUGAGUCUGUUCUUGGCUCCUACCAGGCGUAGUAUGGAGCUGCCCGAUGGCACACGAGAAGAGGUCACUAAUGGCAUCCGCUUUCACCGACUCAAGUACAAGAUGGGCACAAAAGAGCUACCAACAGCGGAGCUGGAGCUCAAGAACGUACGAGCGCACCUUGUCGGCCCUGUGGACCGUGGUAUCGCCACCAUAGCAACUCUUCUGAAUGUCACGAGAACGCACAAUUUCAUCACAGCACUAUCUUGCUGGCGACGAGGUAUGGCGAUUGCUAAGAGUUUCGCUCGAGUGCGUACGACUAUCGACCAGCCAUUAUGGACCUUUCCUAUGCACUUACGUCUCCUGGCCAAUAUGGAGAUCAAGUUCGCAGGACUGCUGCAGCUCGCAUUCUUUACCACGUCACUACUCAGCUUCGCCGAUAAUGGCUUUCCAUCCCCGAGGCCAGCAAAGUACGCACCACUACCGGAGCCCGGUAGACAAACGAAAGUCGUGCAACGUAUCCUCACAGCGACUGGCAAAGCGGUGAUCUGUAAAGUCGCUUGCACCUCCCUGCAGGAAUGCCAAGAAGCCAUGGGUGGUGUUGGGUACAUGGAUGAGCCGGAUGAGCCUGAGCACAACAUCUCGAGAUUGUACCGUGACACGGCUGCGAACAUGACAUGGGAAGGAACGACGAACGUGUUAGCAAGCGAGGUCACGAGACACAUCCUCGACGCUGACAACAUCGAAAUCUUCGGCUCUUGGUUGGAAGAUAUUGUGAUAGAGGGUGUCGAGGAUGCUGGUCUGAGGGAGCCGUUGCAGGCGACAUGGGCAGAACUAAAGCAUAAACUUACCAGCAAUCGUACUGAUAUCGCGAUGGCUCUCGUGGACGGCCGACAGCACAUGUUCAGCCUCGCCUGGAUCGUCAGUGGAGCACUACUGGCGCACGAUGCGCAACGAGAUAACAAUGCCAUUGCCACUGAGAUUGCGAAGCGAUGGAUCCUGCAUGCUGAUGGUGGUGUGGGUGAGUAUGUGCACCUCGAUGUCCUUCAUGCGGCUCAACAGGCUAGAAGCACAACAUCUGCGAAAACAGAUAUGGAGCGAACCAAGUGGGACUGUCGUAUCGUCUGGGGAGAAGAGCUUCCUACUGAUUCCGCCACUGGCUACCGAGCGGCUCAACUGACCAGUGGAAGGCCAGAGCAAGUUUUGGCAAAGUCGUAG